ACAUGAACAGCAACUCCGAGUCCGACAACAACAUGCGAUCUAAACCACUGUUAACUUGAAAACUCUAAACCUCUAAACAUCAUUGUCCUUUGUUUUGCUUGCAACUCAAUCAUCACCAAUUCCAUUUCGUAGCACAAAUCAAUCAUUCAUUCUUCAAACGUUCCAUCAACUUCACUUUGAAUACACUCUAAAUCCUCACCAAAUCUUGAUUCAUACCCCAAAACCCACUUUCUUAUUCCAAUUCCAAAAAAUUCAAUUUUGAACCAAACCCACUUCACCAUUUUCCAAAUCAACCAUCAUGGUCUUUUCAUCUCCUCACAAGAGCACAAGUUUCUUCUUUGUGUUUUUAAUAAUUGCAGCACUUGGUUCUGUUUUUUUGGUGUGGCAGAGGAAUGUGAUUAAUGGGUUUUUGGUAUUGGGUGAGGAAUUGAAUUGGGAGGCACCAAAACUGAGACCUGUGGUUUUUAAUUUGACUGAUUUUGGUGGUGUUGGUGAUGGUGUUACUCUUAAUACUAAGGCUUUUGAAAGAGCUGUUUCUGUUAUUUCUAAGUUUAGGAAUCAGGGUGGUGCUCAGUUGAAUGUGCCUCCUGGUUUUUGGCUUACUUCGCCGUUUAAUCUUACUAGUCGUAUGACUCUUUUUCUUGCUCGUGAUGCCGUGAUUCUUGCUGUUCAGGAUGAAAAGUAUUGGCCAUUGAUGCCUGCAUUGCCUUCAUAUGGGUAUGGUAGAGAGCAUCCUGGACCGCGGUAUAGCAGUUUGAUUCAUGGUCAAAAUCUUAAAGAUGUUGUGAUAACAGGGCAUAAUGGUACCAUAAAUGGACAGGGACAAACAUGGUGGACAAAACAUCUCCAUAAGCUUCUCAAUUACACAAGGGGGCCACUUGUUCAGAUCAUGUAUUCUAGUGACAUUGUGAUCUCAAAUAUUACCCUGCGUGACUCUCCGUUUUGGACUCUUCAUCCAUAUGACUGCAAGAACGUUACAAUAAAAAACGUUACAAUAUUGGCUCCUGUAUAUCAUGCUCCAAAUACUGAUGGCAUAGAUCCUGAUUCUUGUGAGGAUAUGUUAAUAGAGGAUUGUUACAUAAGUGUGGGAGACGAUGCGAUUGCAAUAAAAAGUGGAUGGGAUCAAUAUGGAAUUGCCUAUGCAAAGCCUUCUAAGAAUAUAAUAAUCCGAAACCUUGUUGUUCGUUCUAAUGUCAGUGCUGGUAUCUCAAUAGGAAGUGAGAUGUCUGGCGGAGUAUCCAAUGUCACCAUUGAAAACAUUCUUGUAUGGGAAUCUAGACGUGCCAUAAGGAUCAAGACUGCACCUGGAAGAGGCGGAUAUGUGCGCCAAAUAACCUACCGGAACAUAACUUUCCACAAUGUCCGUGUUGGAAUUGUUAUCAAGACUGAUUACAAUGAACACCCUGAUGAUGGAUAUGACCCUACAGCGCUUCCAAUUCUCAGAGAUAUAAGUUUCACCAAUAUCCGCGGCGAGGGAGUUCGUGUACCGGUACGCAUUACUGGUAGUGAAGAGAUUCCAGUUAGAAAUGUGACUUUCCAUGAUAUGAAUGUUGGGAUCACAUACAAAAAGAAGCAUAUAUUCCAAUGUGCCUUUGUGGAAGGUAGGGUAAUAGGAACCAUUUUUCCAAAACCAUGUCGGAAUUUUGAUCAGUACAAUGAGCAAGGAGAGUUGGUUAAGCAAGCUGUGUCACAGAAUGUAACAGACAUAGAUUAUGAAAUUUGAGUUUAUCAAAUAUUCCAAACUACUAGCAUCUGGUCCAUCAUUAAUCAGUUUAUGUCUGAUCGUUUGUAUAUUCAAUUUUGUGAGGGAUGGAACAGUCAAGUCAUACCUUUUUUUUUUCCUCGUAAUUUCAUGUGUCAUAGAGCAUUGAUAGUUUGCUCAGGUUAUGAGUUGUAUAUAGAAUUAGAAAAUAAUUUCAGUUGCUUAUAUAAAUUUUCCCAAGAUUUCAUAAA